AUGAGUGACGCGCCCAGGUCGUCCACGGCUCGUUCCGUCGCUGCGGCCGGCGCAGAUGAUGAAGAUGAAUGGGAAUAUGACUAUUCCACUACAGAGACAGAGACCUACUAUCUCACAGUAGAGCUAUCAUAUCCAGAGUUCAAGGGCACGGCGACGCGAAAUCCACACCACAGUCGGGGAGGCUACUACAAGAAGUGGCUGGAAGAGCCGAGGGGCGCGACAGAAGCGACGCCCGCACCAGCGCGGGCGCGCAGCGCCAAGCCGAAUCCUAAUCCACGCGACGAUCUGGAGCCGGUGUCCGACAUUCAGAUUCUAGACCUGCACUCGCAACACCCCGUCAUAUCCUACAGAGGUCACGUAUUCGAGGGCGACUGGUCAGAGGUGGUGGGCACAGAGGUGAUACUCGCGUCACACCACGAGGAUGAUCCGGCGCAGCUGCCCGCGCUGCGCCAUCUCCCGGGAGGCGUGGACCUUCUGGGGGCCAGCGCGUCGCGGAUCAUGACGAAGCGCAAAACACUUCACCCCAAGAAGGCGGCCAAGGACUCGCUGGCUCCCAUCAAGAAAGAAUGGAACAUCAACAUCCCCGUGGGCAAGAACAAGCACGGCGAGAGGGCGCAGCAGGCCAGCUUCCUGGAGAGGCUGAUUGCGCUCAAGAUCAGGAGGGGCGACGAGGAUAAGGUGACAGUCUACGCAAAGGACGGUGUGGGUAAGAACUUCCACGACGACCGGGAUCCGGAUUUUCGGCCGAGGAGGAAGCGGGUCAAGAUACGACACGGCGACGGUGAUGACGAGGAGGAUGGCGGUGGCGCCGCUUCCUCUUCUAGGGUCCGGGGCGUAUUAUCCGGUCACCACAACCAGGCGCCAGGGGCGGGACUCCAGGCUGAUGAUGAUGCAGACGUCUUGUCUGUGCCUACGCCCAGGCGGUGGUCUGACUUGGGGACAGCCAGGGGGGCAGAGGGGGAGGAAGAGGAGGACGGCAGUGUGGAUGGAGACGAAGAAGAUGAUGAUGAUGGCGAUGACGAUGAUGAUGAUGAUGAUGAUGAUGAUGAUGAUGAGGAUGAGGAGGAGGAGGAGGAGGAGGAGGAAGAGAUUGGCCACGAAACGGACGACGAUAUUAUCGAAGACGACGAGGAUGAUGGUGGUUCAGCCGAUGAAUUUGGCGAUACUACCAUGCAAGGGGGAUGA